UAUCCAUAUUGUGAAUGCAGUGUGAGUCGCAAAUAACUAAGAACUCCAUUAACCUAGCAAACUAUACACAAGACAGAGACACAGAGAGAGACAAGAGGUCAGAGGUAUACAUGGGGAGUCACUCCGAUGAUAGCUCGGCUGCCUCUUUCGUGAAGAACCCGACGAUUAAGUUCACCAAGCUGUUCAUCAAUGGCGAAUUCGUUGACUCCGUUUCAGGAAAAACGUUCGAGACCAUAGAUCCAAGAACAGAAGAGGUGACGGCAAGAAUUGCAGAAGGAGACAAGGAAGACGUUGAGUUGGCAGUGAAAGCUGCACGCCAGGCAUUCGACCAUGGUCCAUGGCCUCGUUUACCCGGCUAUGAAAGAGGAAGGAUAAUGAUGAAAUUCGCCAACUUGCUCGAAGAAAAUGUAGAAGAAUUAGCUGCCCUGGAAACAAUUGACUGUGGAAAGUUGUUUAGUGUCGCCAAGAACAUGGACAUUCCAGGUGCAGCAAGUUUACUCCGUUACUAUGCUGGUGCAGCUGAUAAAGUUCAUGGUGAAGUACUGAAAAUGUCCCGUGAACUUCAUGGAUACACUUUGCUCGAACCGAUUGGAGUCGUGGGCCACAUAAUCCCUUGGAAUGUCCCCACCUCCUUGUUCUUCAUGAAGGUUAGUCCGACUUUAGCUGCCGGAUGCACUAUGGUCGUCAAGCCUGCUGAACUAACUCCUCUGUCAGCUCUCUACUUAGCUCAUCUUGCUAAGCUGGCUGGAAUCCCUGAUGGAGUGCUCAAUGUUGUAACCGGAUUUGGUCCAACAGCUGGGGCUGCCAUAAGUUCUCACAUGGACAUCGACGCAGUUAGUUUCACUGGUUCCACAGAAGUAGGACGCAAAGUAAUGCAGGCCGCAGCAGCAAGUAAUUUGAAAGUGGUUUCACUUGAAUUAGGAGGCAAGUCACCCCUUAUAAUUUUUGAUGACGCCAAUGUAGAUAUGGCUGCCGAGCUUGCUAUCAUGGGCAUUCUAUUUAACAAGGGAGAAGUAUGUGUGGCUAGUUCUCGUGUUUAUGUUCAAGAAGGGAUAUAUGACGAGGUUGUGAAGAAAUUAGUGGAAAAGGCAAAAGCUUGGGUAGUUGGGGAUCCUUUUGAUCCUAAAGCUCAACAAGGACCCCAGGUCGAUUUGAAGCAGUUUGAAAGGAUUCUUUCAUACAUUGAGCAAGGCAAGAGAGAAGGAGCAACCCUUUUAACUGGGGGCAAGCCCAUUGCUCGGAAGGGAUAUUACAUUGAGCCUACAAUUUUCGCUGACGUAAAGGAAGAAAUGCUCAUAGCGCAGGAUGAAAUAUUUGGACCAGUUUUGGCUCUUGCAAAGUUCAAAACAAUUGAGGAGGCGAUUAAGAGGGCCAACAGCACUAGAUAUGGCCUAGCAGCUGGCAUCGUGACAAAUGACUUAAAUGUGGCUAACACCGUCUCAAGAUCAAUCCGUGCAGGUACCAUUUGGAUAAACUGCUAUUUUGCUCUCGACUAUGACUGCCCUUUUGGAGGGUAUAAGAUGAGUGGUUUUGGAAAAGAUUUUGGAAUGGAUGCCCUUCACAAGUAUCUUCAAGUGAAGUCGGUUGUCACUCCCCUUUAUAAUACACCCUGGCUUUGAAUCAACAUCCCUUCGGGCCUGCUAGCUAAAUCUGGAAAAUACGUACAAUAAAGUGCAAUAAAUGGAAGUUACGUAUUCUUUUGGUGGCUCGAAGGGUUUGCAUUAAUGCAGUGAGUUCAAUAUCUUAGGUUCUGUAUUUUGUCAUAUACACUUUCGUCAAGUGCUGAUAUACACUUUGUCAAGUGCUGCAUAAAAAGCGAAUGCUUAAUUUUAUGUGCUGCUUCAUUGUGUUAAUUAAUUCAGUAAAAU